AUGUCUGUCCUUGGUAAACGUGCAAGGCCCACCACUCCUUCCUUUGCCGUCGUCGUGGAUUCACCCAUACGUACAAAGCUUCCAGCUCGAAAAAAUACUUCCUCAAAAAAAGAGAAAAAAGCAGUCAUAAUCCAUGAUGAUGAUAACGACUUUGAAGAUACGAUCCAUGUCGCCAUCCCUCGGAUCGAUGAUAGUCUUCCAAGGACACCAAAGAAAUUGCGACGAGGCCUACUAGAGGCGCAGGUUACGCCUUCUUCACGAGGAGUGUUGUCGCCCACGGUAUUCAAAGGAGUGGAGGCAUUAUCGAUGUCCAUUGACUCAGACGUUUCGUGUCCGAGUACGCCCCGUCACAAAUAUAGUGUUAAGAAGCCCAUCACUCCACGCCACAGAGUCUCAGCCAUUGGAAAACCGCUCACUCCUCGGUCUGGAAAAUUAUUUGGGACACCUACCAAGGCUGCGAUGACACCAACGAUUAUGACAACGGCCAAAGUAUUAUUCUCGAGGAGCGGGGAGCCGGGGAGAUUAGUUGGACGUGAUGAGGAGAAGAGGAAGUUGGCGGCAUUUCUGGGGCCAAGAUUGGAGGCAUGCUCCGGCGGGUGUCUGUAUGUAUCGGGCCCACCGGGGUGCGGGAAGUCUGCGCUUUUAACAGAGGUGAUGGGGGACCUGGGUGCCGACAAAGCGGUGAAUGUGAAGCGAGCAUAUGUGAACUGUAUGACCAUGCAGUCUCCAACAGGUAUCUAUGUCAAGCUUCUCGAGGAGUUUUAUAAAGGGGAGGAACUAUCAUCGCCCACCGGUAUGGCUGAGCUUGAAGCCUUGUUCAUACCCAAGAAAAACUCAAAAAAACAGCCCGGCGAGGUUUUUGUGGUUGUUCUUGAUGAGAUCGAUCACCUUCUUACAAAAGACCAAGAAGUCCUCUACAGCAUCUUUGAGUGGUCUCUCGUCCGCAGCUCCCGCCUUAUCCUUCUUGGAAUUGCAAAUGCACUUGACCUGACAGAUCGCUUCCUCCCACGUCUGAAAGCUCGUAACCUCACGCCCCAGCUCCUUCCAUUUCUACCGUAUACAGCGGAGCAAAUCGCAUCAGUAAUCACUAAUCGUCUGCGCUCCCUCCUUCCCAAUGGUACCUCCACCCCAGGCGAUUUCGUCCCUUUCAUGCACCCCGCCGCUAUCCAACUCGCUUCUCGCAAAGUUGCCGCCGCAACCGGGGACCUACGGAAAGCGUUUGACCUCUGCCGUCGAGCCGUAGAGCUCGUCGAGUCCGAAACCCGGGCCAAGGAAACCCAACAAAAGCAGCUCGAAACUGUUUGUGAAUUGGAGAACGAGAACCGACUCCCGGAUGAACAGCACAGAAAUAGCGUCACAUUACCAGGGGGGCUCCGUGUGCCCCUCGUCGAAGCUCUCGGCCUCAACACCCCGCGCAAACUCUCCUCCACUGCCCCUCCUGCCGCCCUCACAUCCCUUACCAUCCAGACUGCUCCCCGUGUCAUGCUUUCGCAUAUCGCCAAAGUCUCAGCCGCCUCUUUUGGAGGUUCAACAAUCUCCCGUGUUAAGACUCUCAACCUUCAGCAGAAGGCCGUUCUAUGUGUCCUUGUGACCGCCGAGAAGACCCGUGGAAGUGUCACAGUACGACAAUUAUUCGAGGCAUAUGCGGCCGUAUGCAAGCGGGAGCGAUUGCUGCAUCCAUUGACCAACACGGAGUUUAGGGAUGUAGUAAACUCGCUGGAUGUAGCCGGGGUUGUCAGUGCAGUCGGUGGUGGUGCCGUGGGAGGCACACCAAGCAAGAAGAAGAAGGCCGGAAUCGCAGAGGAAUGCAGGAUCGGAGCAUGCGUGAGAGAGAUGGAUUUGUUGACAGCAGUGGCAGAUGUGGGGCCUAUCCUGACAAGGCUUUUUGAUGCUUAA